AUGCGUGCCCCACGAUAUGCAUGCGUGCCCACAUAUGCAUGCGUGCCCACAUAUGCAUGCGUGCCCACAUAUGCAUGCGUGCCCACAUAUGCAUGCGUGCCCACAUAUGCAUGCGUGCCCACAUAUGCAUGCGUGCCCACAUAUGCAUGCGUGCCCACAUAUGCAUGCGUGCCCACAUAUGCAUGCGUGCCCACAUAUGCAUGCGUGCCCACAUAUGCAUGCGUGCCCACAUAUGCAUGCGUGCCCACAUAUGCAUGCGUGCCCACAUAUGCAUGCGUGCCCACAUAUGCAUGCGUGCCCACAUAUGCAUGCGUGCCCACAUAUGCAUGCGUGCCCACAUAUGCAUGCGUGCCCACAUAUGCAUGCGUGCCCACAUAUGCAUGCGUGCCCACAUAUGCAUGCGUGCCCACAUAUGCAUGCGUGCCCACAUAUGCAUGCGUGCCCACAUAUGCAUGCGUGCCCACAUAUGCAUGCGUGCCCACAUAUGCAUGCGUGCCCACAUAUGCAUGCGUGCCCACAUAUGCAUGCGUGCCCACAUAUGCAUGCGUGCCCACAUAUGCAUGCGUGCCCACAUAUGCAUGCGUGCCCACAUAUGCAUGCGUGCCCACAUAUGCAUGCGUGCCCACAUAUGCAUGCGUGCCCACAUAUGCAUGCGUGCCCACAUAUGCAUGCGUGCCCACAUAUGCAUGCGUGCCCACAUAUGCAUGCGUGCCCACAUAUGCAUGCGUGCCCACAUAUGCAUGCGUGCCCACAUAUGCAUGCGUGCCCACAUAUGCAUGCGUGCCCACAUAUGCAUGCGUGCCCACAUAUGCAUGCGUGCCCACAUAUGCAUGCGUGCCCACAUAUGCAUGCGUGCCCACAUAUGCAUGCGUGCCCACAUAUGCAUGCGUGCCCACAUAUGCAUGCGUGCCCACAUAUGCAUGCGUGCCCACAUAUGCAUGCGUGCCCACAUAUGCAUGCGUGCCCACAUAUGCAUGCGUGCCCACAUAUGCAUGCGUGCCCACAUAUGCAUGCGUGCCCACAUAUGCAUGCGUGCCCACAUAUGCAUGCGUGCCCACAUAUGCAUGCGUGCCCACAUAUGCAUGCGUGCCCACAUAUGCAUGCGUGCCCACAUAUGCAUGCGUGCCCACAUAUGCAUGCGUGCCCACAUAUGCAUGCGUGCCCACAUAUGCAUGCGUGCCCACAUAUGCAUGCGUGCCCACAUAUGCAUGCGUGCCCACAUAUGCAUGCGUGCCCACAUAUGCAUGCGUGCCCACAUAUGCAUGCGUGCCCACAUAUGCAUGCGUGCCCACAUAUGCAUGCGUGCCCACAUAUGCAUGCGUGCCCACAUAUGCAUGCGUGCCCACAUAUGCAUGCGUGCCCACAUAUGCAUGCGUGCCCACAUAUGCAUGCGUGCCCACAUAUGCAUGCGUGCCCACAUAUGCAUGCGUGCCCACAUAUGCAUGCGUGCCCACAUAUGCAUGCGUGCCCACAUAUGCAUGCGUGCCCACAUAUGCAUGCGUGCCCACAUAUGCAUGCGUGCCCACAUAUGCAUGCGUGCCCACAUAUGCAUGCGUGCCCACAUAUGCAUGCGUGCCCACAUAUGCAUGCGUGCCCACAUAUGGCAUGCGUGCCCACAUAUGCAUGCGUGCCCACAUAUGCAUGCGUCCCACAUAUGCAUGCGUGCCCACAUAUGCAUGCGUGCCCACAUAUGCAUGCGUGCCCACAUAUGCAUGCGUGCCCACAUAUGCAUGCGUGCCCACAUAUGCAUGCGUGCCCACAUAUGCAUGCGUGCCCCACAUAUGCAUGCGUGCCCACAUAUGCUAUGCCCCACAUAUGCAUGCGUGCCCACAUUGCAUGCGUGCCCACAUAUGCGUGCCCACAUAUGCAUGCGUGCCCACAUAUGCAUGCGUGCCCACAUAUGCAUGCGUGCCCACAUAUGCAUGCGUGCCCACAUAUGCAUGCGUGCCCACAUAUGCAUGCGUGCCCACAUAUGCAUGCGUGCCCACAUAUGCAUGCGUGCCCACAUAUGCAUGCGUGCCCACAUAUGCAUGCGUGCCCACAUAUGCAUGCGUGCCCACAUAUGCAUGCGUGCCCACAUAUGCAUGCGUGCCCACAUAUGCAUGCGUGCCCACAUAUGCAUGCGUGCCCACAUAUGCAUGCGUGCCCACAUAUGCAUGCGUGCCCACAUAUGCAUGCGUGCCCACAUAUGCAUGCGUGCCCACAUAUGCAUGCGUGCCCACAUAUGCAUGCGUGCCCACAUAUGCAUGCGUGCCCACAUAUGCAUGCGUGCCCACAUAUGCAUGCGUGCCCACAUAUGCAUGCGUGCCCACAUAUGCAUGCGUGCCCACAUAUGCAUGCGUGCCCACAUAUGCAUGCGUGCCCACAUAUGCAUGCGUGCCCACAUAUGCAUGCGUGCCCACAUAUGCAUGCGUGCCCACAUAUGCAUGCGUGCCCACAUAUGCAUGCGUGCCCACAUAUGCAUGCGUGCCCACAUAUGCAUGCGUGCCCACAUAUGCAUGCGUGCCCACAUAUGCAUGCGUGCCCACAUAUGCAUGCGUGCCCACAUAUGCAUGCGUGCCCACAUAUGCAUGCGUGCCCACAUAUGCAUGCGUGCCCACAUAUGCAUGCGUGCCCACAUAUGCAUGCGUGCCCACAUAUGCAUGCGUGCCCACAUAUGCAUGCGUGCCCACAUAUGCAUGCGUGCCCACAUAUGCAUGCGUGCCCACAUAUGCAUGCGUGCCCACAUAUGCAUGCGUGCCCACAUAUGCAUGCGUGCCCACAUAUGCAUGCGUGCCCACAUAUGCAUGCGUGCCCACAUAUGCAUGCGUGCCCACAUAUGCAUGCGUGCCCACAUAUGCAUGCGUGCCCACAUAUGCAUGCGUGCCCACAUAUGCAUGGUGCCCACAUAUGCGUGCCCACAUAUGCAUGCGUGCCCACAUAUGCAUGCUGGCCCACAUAUGCCUGCGUGCCCACAUAUGCAUGCGUGCCCACAUAUGCAUGCGUGCCCACAUAUGCAUGCGUGCCCACAUAUGCAUGCGUGCCCACAUAUGCAUGCGUGCCCACAUAGCAUGCGUGCCCACAUAUGCAUGCGUGCCCACAUAUGCAUGCGUGCCCACAUAUGCAUGCGUGCCCACAUAUGCAUGCGUGCCACAUAUGCAUGCGUGCCACAUAUGCAUGCGUGCCCACAUAUGCAUGCGUGCCCACAUAUGCAUGCGUGCCCACAUAUGCAUGCGUGCCCACAUAUGCAUGCGUGCCCACAUAUGCAUGCGUGCCCACAUAUGCAUGCGUGCCCACAUAUGCAUGCGUGCCCACAUAUGCAUGCGUGCCCACAUAUGCAUGCGUGCCACAUAUGCAUGCGUGCCCACAUAUGCAUGCGUGCCCACAUAUGCAUGCGUGCCCACAUAUGCAUGCGUGCCCACAUAUGCAUGCGUGCCCACAUAUGCAUGCGUGCCCACAUAUGCAUGCGUGCCCACAUAUGCAUGCGUGCCCACAUAUGCAUGCGUGCCCACAUAUGCAUGCGUGCCCACAUAUGCAUGCGUGCCCACAUAUGCAUGCGUGCCCACAUAUGCAUGCGUGCCCACAUAUGCAUGCGUGCCCACAUAUGCAUGCGUGCCCACAUAUGCAUGCGUGCCCACAUAUGCAUGCGUGCCCACAUAUGCAUGCGUGCCCACAUAUGCAUGCGUGCCCACAUAUGCAUGCGUGCCCACAUAUGCAUGCGUGCCCACAUAUGCAUGCGUGCCCACAUAUGCAUGCGUGCCCACAUAUGCAUGCGUGCCCACAUAUGCAUGCGUGCCCACAUAUGCAUGCGUGCCCACAUAUGCAUGCGUGCCCACAUAUGCAUGCGUGCCCACAUAUGCAUGCGUGCCCACAUAUGCAUGCGUGCCCACAUAUGCAUGCGUGCCCACAUAUGCAUGCGUGCCCACAUAUGCAUGCGUGCCCACAUAUGCAUGCGUGCCCACAUAUGCAUGCGUGCCCACAUAUGCAUGCGUGCCCACAUAUGCAUGCGUGCCCACAUAUGCAUGCGUGCCCACAUAUGCAUGCGUGCCCACAUAUGCAUGCGUGCCCACAUAUGCAUGCGUGCCCACAUAUGCAUGCGUGCCCACAUAUGCAUGCGUGCCCACAUAUGCAUGCGUGCCCACAUAUGCAUGCGUGCCCACAUAUGCAUGCGUGCCCACAUAUGCAUGCGUGCCCACAUAUGCAUGCGUGCCCACAUAUGCAUGCGUGCCCACAUAUGCAUGCGUGCCCACAUAUGCAUGCGUGCCCACAUAUGCAUGCGUGCCCACAUAUGCAUGCGUGCCCACAUAUGCAUGCGUGCCCACAUAUGCAUGCGUGCCCACAUAUGCAUGCGUGCCCACAUAUGCAUGCGUGCCCACAUAUGCAUGCGUGCCCACAUAUGCAUGCGUGCCCACAUAUGCAUGCGUGCCCACAUAUGCAUGCGUGCCCACAUAUGCAUGCGUGCCCACAUAA